AAGGAAAUGGAAGCUUUUAAUCUUCCUCCUUUACUUCUCUCUUUCUUUCUUUUUGCUCUUUUGCAAACAUCCACCAUUGCAGUCAAGAAGUCUUAUAUUGUUUAUUUGGGAUCACAUUCUCAUGGGUUGAAUCCAUCUGCGGUUGAUCUUCAACUUGCAACCCAAACCCACUACAAUCUACUUGGAUCUGUGAUAGGAAGCAAUGAAGCAGCUAAAGAAGCUAUCUUUUACUCAUACAAUAGACAUAUCAAUGGUUUUGCAGCGGUUCUUGAUUACAAAGUUGCAGAAGAUGUAGCAAAACAUCCAAGUGUGGUAUCAGUACAUGAAAACAAAGGAAGAGAACUGCAUACAACAAAUUCAUGGAGUUUUCUUGGAGUUGAGAAUAAUGGUGGACUUCCUCCCAACUCUCUUUGGAAUCUUGCAAAUUUUGGUGAAUCUACAAUCAUUGGCAACCUUGACACAGGCAUUUGGCCCGAAUCAAAGAGCUUCAAUGAUGAAGGAUAUGGACCUAUACCAAAAAGAUGGAAGGGAAGCUGUGAAGGUGGCUCCAACUUUAAUUGCAACAGAAAGUUGAUUGGAGCAAGGUAUUUCAACAAAGGGUAUGCAUCCAUCGUCGGGCCUCUCAACUCAAGCUACUUAACAGCAAGGGACGAUCAAGGGCAUGGAACACACACUUUAUCCACGGCUGGAGGCCAUUUUGUUUCAAGAGCAAACAUAUUUGGGAAUGGUAAUGGUACUGCAAAAGGGGGCUCCCCUAAAGCCCUUGUCGCCGCCUAUAAAGUAUGUUGGCCUCGUGUGAACAUUGGUGGGUGCUUUGACUCUGACAUUCUGGCUGGCUUCGAAGCUGCCAUUAGCGAUGGAGUUGACGUUCUGUCUAUUUCACUCGGUGGAAGUCCUUUAGAAUUUCAUGAUGAUCCAAUAGCUAUAGCAUCCUUCCAUGCAGUGAAGAACGGCAUCACUGUCGUUUGUUCUGCUGGAAACUCAGGACCGUCUCCAGGCACUGUUGCAAAUGUCGCACCAUGGUUGAUAACCGUGGGAGCUAGCACAAUUGACAGGCUUUUUACCACUUACUUGGCGCUCGGAGACAAGAGACACAUUAAGGGUGAAAGUAUUUCUAAUAAAAUAUUGCCAGUGCAGAAGUUUUAUCCAUUAAUACGUGCUUUAGAUGCAAAAAACAACAAUGUCUCUAAUAUCGAAGCUAUAUUAUGUCUUGAAGGGUCUCUUGAUCCUAAAAAGGUAGAAGGUAAAAUUGUGGUUUGCCUUAGUGGGGACAUUGCAAAUGUGGACAAAGGUUAUGUGGCUGCUCAAGCAGGUGCUGUCGGGAUGAUUCUUACUAAUGACAAGGAAGAUGGGGAUAGACUUGAGGUUGAGGCACACUUACUUCCUACUUCCCAUAUAAACUACAUUGACGGUGAAUUAGUCUACCAAUUUAUCAACUCUACCAAAACUCCAAUAGCUUACAUGACUCACGUGAGGACAGAAUUAGGAGUCAAACCAGCACCAAUUAUGGCUAGAUUUUCUUCGAGAGGCCCCAAUAUAAUUGAGCCCUCAAUACUCAAGCCUGAUAUAACUGCACCAGGUGUGAAUAUAUUAGCAGCUUUUACGGAAGAAACGUCACCAACUGGUUCGUCUUUUGAUAAACGGCGGGUUCCAUUUAAUAUAUUAUCUGGCACUUCUAUGUCAUGCCCUCAUAUUUCUGGUAUCGUUGGCCUUCUCAAAACCCUUUAUCCAAAAUGGAGUCCAGCGGUUAUGAAAUCUACAAUCAUGACUACAGCUAGAAUCAAAGCCAAUGACUUAAAUUCAAUACUAAGCUCAGGAAAGGAGAAAGCAAACUCAUUUGCAUAUGGUGCAGGGCAUGUCAAUCCAAACAAAGCAGCAAAUCCAGGCCUUGUUUACGACCUCUCCACCGAAGACUAUUUGAACUUCUUAUGUGCUCGAGGCUACAACAAAACACAAAUGAAGCUAUUUUCCAAUGAUACUUCAUUUGUUUGUUCAAAGAAAUUCAAAGUAGCAGAUUUGAACUACCCAUCAAUCACAAUAGAUAAUCUGGCAUCAGAAGUAGUAAAGAUCAAAAGAAGAGUGAAGAAUGUGGGAAGUCCAGCCACGUAUGUUGCUAACGUCAAGGCACCACCAAGAGUUUCGGUUUCAGUAGAGCCAAAUACUUUGAAGUUCACUAGAACCGGUGAAGAGAAGAGCUUCACAGUUGUGUUGAAGAGGGUUCCAAAUGAUUAUCAUCGAGGGUCUGUGUUUGGGAGACUUGCAUGGUCUAAUGGGAAGCACCAUGUUAGGAGUCCGAUUUUGGUGGUAUUAGGAUGAUACACCAUGUUAGUCCGAUUUUGGUGGUAUUAGGAUGAUACACCAUGUUAGGAGUUCGAUUUUGGUGGUAUUAGGAUGAUACAGUAAAAGAAGCAUAUGGGCUGUGUUGGGUUU